AUUUGCCGACACAAGUGUUUAGGUUGGAUAGUAUGUAAUCUUGCAUCAUGCAGAGGAAUCUUGAGCACUUUAAACAGUAAUGACAGCAUGUACUCAUUUGCUCCGCCCAAUAAACAACACACUUUUUGGCGCUCCACCUUCUAGUAGUAAAAGAGUAAACAUACUGUCCUAACACACUGUGAGCUUAACAGAUAAAAUAUACCGGUUUCUCUUUGCUGAACUGAAAAUAAUCUGCAUGAAGAGUCCACGGGAAAAGGCGGAUUUUGUUUUUCACAACAGUUAUUCAAAGCAGCAAUGCAUUGAUAAUUGCAAAAAAUGAGAAGAGACGAAUUGAAAGCUGUUUUCAUACUGUGCCUUGCAUUCGUCACUAUAGGAGGACAACGUUUUGAAAGUAAAGUGGCCCAGUUACUACAAGACGACACAGAAGAUCUGAAAUGUUUUGUGGAGGGAAAGAAGGACCUCACAUGCUUCUGGGAAGAAGAGGAAGAGAGGAAUGGGUCACAUGAUCAGUAUACAUUUGUGUAUUCAUAUGAGAAUGAGAACAGAAGGACGUGUGCCAUUUCAUCGUUGUCUUUACUAGCCACUAACAGAACCAUCUUAUUCUGCAAACUGCCCCAAACUUUGUUCUUCACGGCCCUCAGCUUGCAGAUUUUUCGUGAUGGCCGGAUGCUCUACAAUCGCAGCCUCAAUGUGGAGAAUGUCUUAUUUGUAGAUCCUCCCAGAAAUCUCACAGUUGUGAGCUCAAGGAAGGAAGGGCAGUUAAAUGUGAGCUGGCUGCCUCCACCUCUCAAAUAUAUGGAAGACAGUUUGAUAUAUGAGGUCAGAUAUGCAGUGGAGGGAAGUCACAUGGGCAAGGUGGAGGUGAUAAAGGCCAACACGAUGCUGAUCUUAAGAGGGUUGCAGGCGGGAACCCGAUACAAGGUGUGGGUCCGUGUCAAGCCUGACGGUGUCUCCUAUAAAGGCUUCUGGAGUGCUUGGACUGAACCUGCAUUUGGAAGCACACCGCCAACCGACAUGGAUCCUCUGAUUGUAUUAUUGGUUCUGUUCAUUGGUUUGAUUAUCUCGUUACUGUUUCUGACUGUGAUGCUGUCCCACCACAAGUUUCUUCUAAAGAAACUGUGGCCUGACAUUCCAACACCAGAGCACAAGUUUCCAGGACUCUUCACUGUCUACAAAGGGGAUUUUAAGGAAUGGAUGAGUCAAAGUAAUGGCAGUAUGUGGGGAAGACCAGUCCAUGUCUUCCCUGAAGAGCUUCCAUCGCCUCUAGAAGUUCUCUCAGAGGUUUCUCUAACCACACCACUGUCCAGCCACACAACUUCCCCAAGACAAGACAGGAAAACAAUGGAGGAAGAGGAGAAAAUGGAAAGCGAGGUUACAGACUCUGGUUUAACAGACAGAUGGCGAGAGCCUCCUCACGCCCAUUGGCUUAUGGAACAGUUGAGGGCCCUUCAAGAAAACCCAGAAUCUCUCUCCCAGCCAAUGUUACUGGAGUCACACGACACAUACGUUACUCUAAAUCACAACUCCCAGUGUGCCCAAGGAGAAGAUGAAGGUCAGGAGGAUAAUAUCUUCGAUGAGUCAUUACCCCUGCAGACUCUCUUCACCAAUACAGGAAAGUCGUCUUUGAGUGCCUCACAUUCUGAUCUCGGAUCCCUCCAACAGAGCUCCGGCUCGGGCAGACUGUCGUCACAAUCUAGCUUUGAGCAUCCAAACCACACGUGGCCGCCCAAAGGGCCGGGCUACGCCUACAUGGCCGUAGCAGACUCAGGAGUGUCUAUGGACUACAGCCCGAUGAGCUCGAACAGGAUAGCGGAUCUUGGGAAACGGGUGAUUUACACCAAUGAAUACAAAAAUGAUAUUUUUGGCCACAAGUGGCCACUCUCCGGUCAUUGCAUUGAAUCUGGAUACUGAUCUGAAGAUUUUUAGGAAAAUAUGGAUAAAUUAUAUGUGUAAUAAAACCUUUUAUGGUGUACGAGAGAUUGACAGAGCAAUGAAUCACAAGGAGAAUCCAAAUCAAGAUCAGGAUCUUGUAGAUUUCUGUUUGAGAUACAGCGUUUAAGGAACAUACAGCACUAGGAUCUUUCAUCAGACAAAGCAUCUUCCAUCAGAUAAAAUAAGCUAAUUCUGUUGUUUUCACAGUAACACUAAGGCCGCGUCAAAACUAAUCUGUUUCUGUUUGAAAAUGCAUUUAUUUUGCUACGUUUACGCCUCUCAUCCACACUAGAAUGCAGUUUUCCUCCUUUUGAAAAUGCUCUCCAUAAAUGCAUACUAGGCAAAACAUGACAUUAGGAAAUUUUAAUGGAUUAACAAGUUGUAGAUUGUAAAUGCAUUCAUUUUGCUACAUUUACGUCUCUCAUCCAUAUUAGAAUGACAUUUGUCUCCACUGAAAAUGGAGCAUUUUGAAAAUGUUCUCCAUUACCACAUUGUGAUAGAGAUCAAGGCAGUUGCAAGGAGAAUCACACCAGAUGGAAAGAAUGCAUUUUAAAGAAAGAUGUUUAUUUUGUAGGAGGUGCAAAAAUGUGUUUAUGAGCAAAUAAAAUCAAAUUCAGUUAAAAACGGUCUAAAAGCUAGACAUAUUUCUGGUACUAGAGCACCCACUCCCCUCCCUAAGCAAUGGAGGCUGGAGUUUUCUUCGCGCUCGAGCAGCGCUAGUCUCAGAUGGCAUGCACACAGUCCGUGCAUUAAACGCCUGAUGCUUAUAGCACUCAAAACAGGAAAAUGCUUUCUCGAUCAAUCAGUGCAAAUCUGAUUGGCUGGUUUGAUGGAACUUCCGUGAGUAGAUGCACACAGGAUGUUUCAUCAGUAUGGCUGGAAGCCGCGUUAUGUUCACAAGGUUCUGCGUUGAUACAAUGAGUGCUUUUGAGGACGAAAUAUUCACAGAAUUUGCCCGAGUUUGCCAGAUUAGUGACAUCAGAUCUUUUAAAUAUACAGUACUAUGCAAAAGUCUUAGGCAGAUAAGAUGUUUAACAAAAACAUUUGUCUUAUGAUGGUUAUUUAUACAUUUUAGUCUCCCAAACAUUUGGAACUUCUGCAAAUAGAAUAGGAUAGAAGAACAGGGAGCCCUGCAACAGGUGGCAUGGCCCCACAGAGACCUGGGAUUACAUGAAGAGACAGAAGCAAUUGAGACAGCUGAAAUAGAUAGAAGAACUGUGGAGAAUUCUCCAAGAAGCUUGGGACAUCCUAUCUGCCAACAACCAAGAAAAACUGUGUCCAGGUGUACAUAGGAAAAUUGGUGCUGUUUUGAAGGCAAAGGUGGUCACACCGAAUAUUGAUUUAGCUUUUACUAGACUUUGGAUGACGUUAAUUGAAAAAUGAAAACUAAUUAUGGCACUAUUUUUGAAGAAAUCCUCACUAUGCAACAUUUUUCACAAGUGCCUAAAACUUUUGCACAGUACUGUUUAAUUUGUUUCGUUUGAGGCACUUAGCAGAAAGUGAAGUGGAUAUCCACAAGCAGAGCUGCAUUUUCUGCUUUGUUUAUUUGAUUAUGUCCAUGAAAUUCUCUGUAAUGAGGCUUUCUAAGUGUGGUACUUAGACUUUUAACACAUUUUUUACACAUUCACAUUUUCUCCCAUGCGUUUUCUCUGCAAUCACUCGUGGAAAAUUGCACACCAUUAUACAGAUAAUUUUUCCCCCAUGUCGGUCUUUUAUUAUGGUAUGAUAUAUCUCUGAUAACCUCACCCCUAAACACCCCGUAAUGACAAAACCGACUGUUAUUGGUCGCUUUACGUGUAAGUUAGAUGGCUUUUCCUGUCUAAAUGGGCAGUUCUUGGCCAGCUGAAGCGGCUAUAGACCUCAGAUCUAUGCCACAGUCAUAGGUCUGGCUGAGUGCUGUAGUAGUGUCUGAAGAGGUGGGCAUACUGUGAAUUUAUGAAAGAUUGAAAAAGUUCUGGGUGAAAAGACUACUCAUUGUUCUGGCGGUCAUAUGUAUUAUCAAUUAUUUCAGGUGGGCAUACGCAAAAUCCUAAGAAAGAUAGGUGGGCAUAUGGCAUAUGCCCUAGACUACACUAGUCUGGCUAACAACCUUGUCCAUGUGCUCCAAACACUCGCCGUCCAUCUUUGUUUUACUCCGUCUAGUGGCGGCUGGCUUAAGUACAGUAUUUUCCUGCCAUUUCUAAUUGGACCAAACCAUUGUUUAAAUUAAAUGAAUCCUCACCUCCCCAUUCUAAAAACCGACUCACAGGCUCUCCAUCACAUACUGACAAAGGACAAAGGAAUUGACAAAGGAGAUUUCAAACUUAAAUGGAUCUGUAUGUUUUUAUUUGAAGACGCAUUAAAUUAGCUGUUUACACCUCUCAUCCAGUAGUGUUGUCUAGGGCAUAUGCCGUAUGCCCACCUAUCUUUCUUAGGAUUUUGUGUAUGCCCACCUGAGUGAUGAUAUGUAUGGCCACCAGAACAAUGAGUUGUCUUUUGACCCCAAACUUUUUCAAUCUAUUGUGUAUGCGUGUGUGCGUGGACAUUUCCAGCGUCUGAUGCACAAGCAUAUUCAACAUCAAGUUACCAUACCAUGGUUCUUAGUAGUGUACUGUACACCAUGCCAGCAAGAAACUUACCCUGAUAUACAUUUUGUAAGUUUAUGUGGGACUAAUUACUAAUAAUAGAAUUAAUAGAAAAAUUAAAUAGAUGAAAUAGAAUUAAUAGAAAAAAAUUCUUACACAUUUUACAUAUGUAAUUUAUAUAAAUGUAAAUGAAUUUUAGAGAUCGGGUGCAUUUUGUUUUGUUUUUGGGGGGGUCUUGAAAACGGAUUAGUGGCCUAAAGUGUUACAUCUAACAUAAAAGCAUUAAUAUGGCAGCUGAUAAUAAAAAAUUAAAAAAUGUGUAAAGCGUAUCAUGUUAUACUGCCAAGUACCAGCGUACCUGUUUAUAUUUAUAUAAUUAUAAAUCAUAAAUUAAAUGUCAGUUCAUGCUCUUCGGUUUUGGGUUUCCAAGCCAAAAUCUGUGUUGUAAAAAUGUACAUAGCUGUUUUAAUGUAAAUAACUGUUUUUUAUUUUUAUUUUUUAUCAGUUUUUGGGGUUUAUCUUAAUGCAUAUUUUUUAGAGGUUAGAGGAAGUCAAUCUAAACAACAAUUAUUUGAGUUGUAUGAAGUAUAAAAUCCAUUUUCAUUUCUACUUUCUAUGCUCGUGUGCAGAAUGUGAAAAUGCUGGUGCAUUCUGGGAAUGCAUUUGUGAUUGGUAUGGAACAGUCCAUUUCUCAGAGCCUAAAGGUUUGCAAUACACUCAAAUUACUGUAUAGAAACAUGCAUAAUCAGUGUUUAUUUUAUUAUUGCAGUUUGGUUUGUCAAAAUUUUUCUCUAGCAGGGUCAGAAAUGAAUGGGGGUUUAGGGCAAACAUGCCACUGAAAUUCUAAAAUGAUUCCCUCUUUUUGAUAUUCUCUUUUUUAUCUUGAUAUAUUGCCUUAUAUUUUAUUUUAAGCCUAAUACAUAUUAUCACAAAAUAUAAGCUGAUGCAGAUUUGAAUUUUUGGGUAUCAGCCUUAAUGAAGCAAUUAGCAAUUUGUUUGUAAAGUAUUUAAAGGUUUUUAACUUUAAAAGACAAGUAUUUAUUUAUUUUUUUUUAAGCCCUCAUAAAGGUACAAAAAUGCCCCUACAAAUCCCUGGGGCAAAUACUGCCCUUAAAUAAAGCAUUAAUUUCUGUAUAUUUUUUCUGUAGUACCUAAUUCAUAUGCAUGAAUCAACCAUGAUGAAUCUGUGAACUUCAAUCUAAAUUUUGAAAAUGUCACCUAAAAAUGAAACCCUUUUGAACUGGUAAUAUCAUCUUAUCAAAUAUCAAAGGAAUUAAAAAGCAAAAAUCUGGUUUCCAGUCAUGCACUUACAAUGGAAGUGAAUGGGGGGGGCCAAUCAGUAAACGUUAAAAUCCUCACGGUUUCAAAAGUAUAGACACAAGACAUAAACAAUAUGCAUGUUAACAUGAUUUUAGUGUGAUAAAAUCGCUUACUAACCUUUUCUCUGUAAAGUUAUAGCCAAUUUUACAACUUCGUCGCCAUGACGAUGUAACGUCAACAAACCCCAAAACAACUGUAGAAAAUUAUGAUUUAAACAACUUUACAGCUCAAAUAAGACACGAGUUUUAACAUAAAAAUAUAUGUAAGUGCUUUUAUAAAAUUAUAAACUUCACAUUUCUGCCUUUUAGACCCUCCAAAAAUUGGCCCCAUUCACUUCCAUUGUAAGUGUCCCACUGUAACUUCGAUAUUUGGAUGGACGAAUCGAAAUUAAUUUUUGUGGUAAUCAAUAUUAUGCCACAAAUGCCGUCGAUUGAGCUUAACUUGUAUUGAACCCGGAACAUUCCUUUAACAUGGAAACUGCGUAGAUAAAUAGCAAAAAAAAUGGUAAAUGUUGUUUCUGACACACAGAUUGUAAUGUAUAUUCAUUUUAUUUUUAUAGGUCAGAUUUUUUCUGAGUAUUCUUUUUGUAUCUAUAACACUCCUAAUAUUCUUCUAGAUGUAUUUUUUUUUAAUCAAAACAAUUUCAUUUCAGUCUAACAAUUUUUCAGUAUUGUUGCACUAUUUUCUUUUCUUUGUCUAAAUGCAUGUUAAUAAUUUUAAAUUGAGUGCUUAGCCGAAUUUCUGACUAUUAAUUUGUACUAUAAAGAAAAACGUGUGCCACUUUUUCAAAGGGUCUUUUUCCACCAGUAUGUAACUGGUUCUAAGGUAAAAUAAUUGUAUGUAUAUUUGUCAAAAUGCUCCAAAAAUGACUUAACAGUAGCUAGUAAGAAACUUGCAAUGGGAAACUUCCAUUGUAAAAAGAAAAUAUAUAUAUAUACCUAAAAGUACUAUUGAGUACCAGCUCUGUUGUUUUAAUAUUUAUUUAAACAUUUCAGACUAUUUAACUUUUUUCAGGCAUUUAAAUGUUAGACUGAAAUGCUGCUUUUUGAAUUAAUAUUAAAAAAUGAGCAAACACGGCACCUUAUUCUAUCCUGUCUACAAUAUAGAUUGUGUACUAUGCAUCUGCCUGCAACCAUACAGAUGUGUGUGGUGUGUUUAGUUGUUUAACAAUGAAAUGCUGACAUUUGUAUAUCAUACUUUACAAAUCUGUAAUGUUUUAAACAUUAAAUUGUAUUUCUUACAAAGUAAAUACUGUCAU